AUGACAAAAUUACCCUUCCCACACCUGAAGCAAAAAUGGGGAAAUCCCCCAUCCCUCCAAUCGUGGAACGACACGUGUCCACACUGCGCAUGGAGCGGAAUCCAAUGCGCCGGCGACGGCUCCGUCACCGGAAUAAAUCUCACCGGCUAUGACAUAGCCGGGGCCAUCACGAAGUCCUCCUUCUUCACCUUCGAAAACCUGAUUGUACUCGACCUCCACGUAUAUCAAUUCUCUGGAAAUAUCCUAACCGCUGUUUUAAACUGCACGAAGCUCCGGUACCUUGACCUGUCGCAGAACAAUUUCGUCGAGAAUAUCCCGACCGAUAUUGACCGGCUGCAGUCGCUCGAGUACAUCAACCUCGGGUCGACCGGGUUCACCGGCGACAUUCCUCCGGCAAUCGGCAACCUGACUCGGCUCCGAACUCUGAUGCUGAACUACGCCUUGUUCAAUACGACCUACCCUGCCGAGAUUUCGAACCUCACGGAUCUCGAGAACCUCGGGCUGGCUUACAACGACAUCACGCCGGCGGUCAUACCGCCGGGAUUCAGAAAUCUGAGGAAGGUAAAGUUUCUGUGGAUGGCGCAGUCGAAAUUGAUCGGGAGAAUUCCUGACACGUUUUCGGGUACUAUUCCUAAGUCGAUCGAUUCGCUGGAUUUGGUCAGUCUCGAUUUAUCCGAAAACAACUUGACUGGUGAAAUCCCGGAAGAUUUUGGGAAGUUGGAGAAAUUGGAGCUUUUAGGCCUGUGCAUAAAUAGGUUUUCAGGCGAAAUUCCCCAAAGCCUGGGGCUAUUACCGAGCCUCGAGACGUUCAAAGUUUUCAUGAAUGAUUUGAGUGGAAUUUUGCCGCCUGAAAUGGGCAGUCGCUCGAGACUCAAAUCUUUUCAAGACCAUCAACCUUGCCGCUCAUCGCAAAAGCCAAGCUGCACGGAAGAAUCAACCUUGCCGCACAACGUCAACUUCAGGAUAGCGUAUCACAAAGGCCAAUUCAACUUUCAGAACUGUGCAUUUGAAGUCCAAGUCCCGAGUAGUCAUCACCGACAAUCAAAUCAAGUGGAGGGACAUCAUGGAGAAGCAACCAUCAACACUUAUCGUGAUUUUCCAUCACAUACAUUGUCGAUAUCAAUCAACAUGACGUGGACAACAAGCUCUUCCGAAAGGCAUAAAGACUUCUUAAAGCAACUUGAAAUCACACCAACUCAUUUUAUCAAGACGACAUAG